AUGUAUUUUUUGUCUAACUCACCCUUAGAUUGCCUCUCAUCACCUUGUCUGAAUGGAGGUAGCUGUGUGGAGACACUUGAUGGAUUCGAGUGCAGCUGCCAGUCGGGAUAUUAUGGACCGGUUUGUGCCUGGACUUGUCCAGAUUCUUGGAUCUAUUUUCGAGGGAGCUGUUAUGGUUAUUUCUCUGAGGGAGCUACAUUCGAGACGGCCCAAUCGAAUUGUCGUGAUGUCAUCAUAUCGGGAAGACAAGCAAACAUACUGUCCAUUCACAGCCGGGAAGAAUUUGACUUUAUUUGGGACAUGGAAGGGAUAAACGCUUACUUGUGGUUAGGACGCCAUCAACCGGGCGGAGGACCUUUCGUAACGUGGACGGAUGGCUCACCAGUGGACUUCACCUAUUGGACUCCAGGGCAACCUGAUACCGACAAACCAUGUGUCUGCAUGCACAUGGAUGACGGCGAAUGGCACACUGUCGAGUGCAGUGCCUAUGACAGAAGUUAUUUCUGCAAGAUCUAUUUCACCCUGUAAUCGAUUAACGACAUAAUCAAAUCAAAUCAAUUCGAUGUAAAAUACUACAAUGAGCGAUAUUUAUUUAUGUAUAUAUCCUUAAAGAUCAUUUCAAAUGAAUGAUGAAA